CAAGAAAGAGCACGGUAAAAUUAAUGGUCCAAGUCCCAUGUGGACUCGAAAGUCUACGAGGUUGCGUAAUUGCAGCCUUUGGGGUGUGUGGGGAAAUAUUUUAGUUUAUCUCUGUGCCGGUGAAAGGCGGACCCUACCUUUCCGCAGUCGGCGAUAGUGGUAACCAUUCUACUGAGAUAUUGUAGGAAUCUUCCCUAGAAAAAAGCGACAAUGUCGAGGCACAGAGUGUGGUUUGUAAAUUGCAGGGACCGUGGUGUAGCUUGGUUGAUGUCAGGCUCUCGGACGAGAGUGAUGGCGCGGGUGUUGGGCCUGGGAGCAGGUGUGGUGGGUGUGGGAGCUGUGGCUGCUGCGUAUCUGCUAGAUGAUGAUCAGCAUACGAAGAGGCAGUUUGCUCGCGUGGCAGCAGCAGAGAGUCUCAAAGCCAGGCCUAAUCGCCCCCUCCUCACACGAGAGCAACAACUCAAGAACCUGGGAAGUGAGACUUUUGAUGUCUUGGUGAUUGGUGGGGGAGCCACUGGGGCAGGAUGUGCACUGGAUGCUGUAUCAAGAGGACUGAAAACUGCCCUUGUGGAAAUGGAAGACUUUUCAUCUGGUACAUCAUCCAGGUCAACUAAGCUCAUCCAUGGAGGUGUGAGAUAUUUGCAAAAAGCCAUCAUGGGCCUGGACAUUGAGCAGUAUAGGAUGGUCAAGGAGGCCCUGCAUGAAAGAGCAAAUCUCCUUGACAUUGCUCCCCAUCUCUCCUACCCUCUGCCCAUUAUGUUGCCAGUUUACAAGUGGUGGCAGCUCCCAUACUUCUGGGUCGGUAUCAAAAUGUAUGACUUGGUAGCAGGGAAAAAAUGUAUAAAAAGUUCCUAUGCCAUCAGCAAGGAGCGAGCUCUAGAGCUCUUCCCAAUGCUGAAGAAGGACAAACUUGUUGGUGCUAUUGUAUAUUAUGAUGGGCAGCAUAAUGAUGCUCGGAUGAACCUCUCCAUUGCCCUAACGGCCACCAGACUUGGUGCUACCAUUGCCAAUCACACAAGAGUGGUGGAGCUCCUCAGGGAAAAAGGAGAGGAUGGGAAGGAGCAGCUGUGUGGUGCCAAAGUUAAGGAUGAGAUAACGGGCCGUGAAAUCACAGUGAAAGCCAAGUGUAUAAUCAAUGCCACAGGACCCUUCACUGACACUAUUCGUAAGUUGGACAACCAGGCUACAAAGGAGAUUUGUGCACCAAGUAUGGGUGUCCACAUCACCCUCCCUGACUAUUAUUCCCCAGAGCAGAUGGGGCUGCUUGACCCAAACACAUCUGAUGGCAGAGUGAUUUUCUUUUUACCCUGGGAAGGACGGACCAUUGCUGGAACGACCGACACCUCCUGUUCAGUCACACACAAGCCUGCACCAACAGAAGAUGAUAUCCAGUUUAUUCUUCAAGAAGUUAAGAACUAUCUAAAUCCAGAUGUUGAGGUACGAAGAGGUGAUGUGCUUUCAGCAUGGGCUGGCAUCAGGCCGCUUGUACAAGACCCAAACAAGGCAGACACUCAGAGUAUUGCGCGAAAUCAUAUUGUCCAUGUCAGUGAUUCAGGACUUGUGACAAUUGCGGGAGGAAAAUGGACAACCUACCGUUCUAUGGCAACAGAGACCCUUGAUGCUGCUAUCCAGAGUUGUAGCCUCUCUCCUGUCCACCAGGAAUCUCAGACAGAUGGCCUCCUUCUGGAAGGUGCCCACAGCUGGACACCCACCAUGUUCAUCAGGCUUGUGCAAGACUUUGGCCUUGAGUCUGAGGUGGCGAAGCACCUUGCCCACACUUAUGGAGAUCGAGCUUUCAGUGUUGCUAAGCUGGCAUCACUCACUGGAAAACGGUGGCCAAUUGUUGGACGAAGAUUGCACAGUGAGUUCCCAUACAUUGAUGCAGAGGUGAAAUAUGCGUGUAGGGAAUAUGCAGCUACUGCAGUUGACAUCAUUGCCAGAAGGUUACGUCUAGCUUUCCUCAAUGCCCAGGCAGCAGAAGAGGCUCUGCCAACCAUUGUUAAUAUAAUGGCUGAGGAGCUGAAGUGGUCCGAGAAAGAGAAAAAGAAUCAGUUAGCUGCAGCUGUAAAGUUCCUUCAGCAAGAAAUGGGUCAGAAUGUGAACAGAGCAUCACGUGAAAAAAUUCCAAUCAAUCUCUCCAAAAGCGAAAUCAGUGACUACGUAAAGCGCUUCAAUUCCCUGGAUACGGACAAGAAAGGCUAUAUCUCGCUCAAUGAUCUGAGGAUGUCCCUGAAGAAUGAUGGAGAGAGGAUUAAUCUAGACAAGCUGCACGAAAUCUUGAAUGAGGUAGAUGUCCACAAGCACGGGCAAGUCGAGUUCCCAGAUUACGUACAGAUGAUGGCUGCAAUUAAGGCUGGCUCCAUCUCUCACUCAAGAUUUGCGCAGCUGGCUGAAAUGGCUGAGGAAGACCAACGCAAGAAAAUCACAGUAGAACGCAGUGGUGGUGGGGUCUAGCAGUAGACCUGAGCUAGGCAGAUUUCAAGACAUUGGAGAUCCAUUAUCCCAGGUGAUGGGAGGGAGAAGUUUGUGCAAUUGGGAACAUGGAUGACCUGUACCUUGUAACUAGAGCUAAGGAGUCUGGCCAUUAGAAUAAGGUCUGUGCAGUUAAUGAAAACUGUAAUAGUCUUUGGAGAGAAGUGUGUGUUGUACUGCAGCAUCUAAUUUUGCACUUCUUAUCACUGUAGUGGGUGAGAAAUUAAAAGGAAUCGGAAUGGAUAUGAAAUUGAUUUGAUGGCACAAUCUAAGUAGUGGUUUGACUCUUAAUUUAAAUUAAAAUGUGACAGAUAUGAUUCCCAGAAUAAUUGGGUCACACUUUUAAAGAAUUAUGUAUGUUUCCAUGGCAUCAGUUCUAUAUUUGAUAGAUAUUAGUGAACUAUAGUGUUAAAGGCUCAAUAUAUAUACCCAGUUUUGAUGUGUAGAUUAAAAAAGGCAUAAACUGAUGAAUAUGCAUGGUUUUUAAAGCUGGUCUUACCCCUGGUGAAAAAA